GUAAGCAAUGCCACAAAAGUAAAUAUGGAAGUGCUGGAUGGGGGACACGAGGCCUACAUUGGGGCACGUGAGGCAAAAGCUGCUCCUGUGGCAACGGAAAACCGUUUGAAAUUCUCACGCAUUGCGCCAAAAGCGUUUAAGCUUUGAAACCGUAUUUGAUUGCACCUGACACAUGUCAUGUGUAACUAAGGAGUCGCCACCAACCAGCAAUAGCUAUCGCAGUAGCAAUAGCAAUAGCAACUACAACGAUGACAGCAACAGCGAAAGUGGUUCCUGCCACACACAAGCAACAACAACAACAACAAAGCUAAGAGACCGGAAUGGAGGGGAAAGAGGGGAAAUCACCUGGAGAGCAGCAAGCGGAAACUGCGGUCUGAUGAAUAUCCCGCAGUGAAAUGCACUGAAAUUGUCUCCCAAAAUGGGCGAAAAUUAAAUGCAGCCGGGGGGUGAGGUUUGCAGUUAGUGUGCUGUUAAUUCAAUUAAUUGCGGACUAUGAACGUUUAAUGAUUAUGCAAAUUACCGAAAUAAGAGUGAAACUAUGACCUACUACAACAACUCCGAGGAUAACGAAGAAGAUCAGCUCACUGUAAAGUGUUCUUUAAAGUUUCUCUAAAUGAAUAUGUAUACCAUUGAUUGUA